ACGAAAUUGAUUUAAAUAGUUGUCAAACAAGGAGAAGAAAGAUGUUUAAGAUUUAAAUUCGUUAAGAACAUCACAGAGGAAGUAAAACAUCCAUGCAAAGGAGUGACAUGUUUUGGGCAUGCAGUUUGCAUCGCAGAUCAACACAUGAAAACUGGCACUUGUGUCUGUCCGAAAGGAUUUAUUGGUGAAAAUUGCACGACAGACAGCAGAUGUAACUUUGACAAUGACACCAACUGCAUCUGGCACAAUGUCCAUGUCGGCGACAAUUUUGACUGGACACUUCAUCAAGGAGAGACACCCUCGAAAAACACAGGCCCAACAUAUGACCAUACUACAGGAACUCACCAAGGCAAAUACUAUUAUAUAGAAACAAGCGCCCCAAGACAGUCUAAUGAAACUGCUUGGUUACAAAGUGAAUACCUUUCAUCUUCUAACGGAGAGACACAAUGCUUGGAAUUCUGGUAUUAUAUGUUUGGUACUAGUAUUGGUUAUUUGAACGUACGAUUGUCAGAAAACGCAACCAUGCCUGGAUAUAAUAUCUGGUCCAUGGAAGGAAAUCAAGGCCCAAAAUGGAAAUUUGCACAAGUAACAGUGACAACGGAUGGUCUCCAUCGGAUAAUAUUUGAAGGAACAGUAGGAAAUGGUUAUGAGGGUGACAUUGCUCUUGAUGAUAUCUCGUUUAAACAAGGCAAUUGCUCUAUUGCACCCAUGAUUACAUCGGUGGCUCCUGGCAUUGUGACAUCAACCGUUCCGACUUCGACAAUGCAAGUUCUUAUUGGAAAAGGUUGCUAUGGCGACCCAUGCGUUCGAGGCGUGUGCUAUGUUCACUUAGACGAAUACUUUUGUCUUUGUCCAUCUGGGUUCAAUGGAAUAAACUGUGAAAUAGAUACAGACGAAUGUAGAUCAUCCCCUUGCAAGAAUGGGGCACCGUGUGAAGACGGUGUUGAUAAGUUUAUUUGCCACUGCCCUGAUGGAUAUACUGGGCAUUUAUGUGAUAGAUAUAUGGAUCCUUGUAGCUCAAAUCCAUGUGUGAGAGGGAAGUGUUUUUCUCACCUACAACUGCACAUAUGCAUUUGUCCACAGGGCUAUUCUGGACAGUUUUGCGAGAGACAUGUCGACCAUUGUGCUAACCAUCCGUGUGAAAAUAAUGGCCGCUGCAGGAAUGUCAAUUCUUCGUACACAUGCGAGUGUCCAUUCGGAUUUUCAGGACAGGAUUGUUCUAAAGAACAUGGAACAAAAUGCUUCGCGUGUAAUGGCAGUAAACUGGAUUCUAUUUGCAACACCGUUAAUACGUGCAACUCAGACGAGUCCUGCUAUGUGGACACAUUUCUUGACGGCGAUGGAUCAGUUAGAUAUCAUGCAGGAUGCAGACCAAGUUCGAACUGUAUGCCAUCAACAGGAGAUAAUUGCACUUAUUGUUGCGAUACUGAUUACUGCAACGAUAAUGGGUGUGGACUGACAGGCUACCAUCCUGCAAGUCAGCGUGGGCCGAUAUGUUUUGACUGCGAUGAUAUGACUGACAUGGCUUUUUGCAAGCAGAUCACGCAAUGUGCUCCCGACGAGAUGUGUACAGUGUAUGGAAGUCCGUCAAUGAACUACGACAGCAAAUGUAUUUCCAAGAACAAUCAGUGCGAUGCCCAAGGUGGUAACGGGUUUUGUCAGUUUUGCUGCUUCCACGACAUGUGUAAUCAAAAUUGCACUAAGCACUUAAAACAUCCAUGCAAAGGAGUGACAUUUUUUGGGCAUGCAGUUUGCAUCGCAGAUCAACAAAUGAAAUAUGGCACUUGUGUCUGUCCGAAAGGAUUUAAUGGUGAAAAUUGCUCGACAGACAGCAGAUGUAACUUUGACAAUGACACCAACUGCAUCUGGCACAAUGUCCAUGUCGGCGACAAUUUUGACUGGACACUUCAUCAAGGAGAGACACCCUCGGAAAACACAGGUCCAACAUAUGACCAUACUACAGGAACUCACCAAGGCAAAUACUAUUAUAUAGAAACAAGCGCCCCAAGACAGUCUAAUGAAACUGCUUGGUUACAAAGUGAAUACCUUUCAUCUUCUAACGGAGAGACACAAUGCUUGGAAUUCUGGUAUUAUAUGUUUGGUACUAGUAUUGGUUAUUUGAACGUACGAUUGUCAGAAAACGCAACCAUGCCUGGAUAUAAUAUCUGGUCCAAGGAAGGAAAUCAAGGCCCAAAAUGGAAAUUUGCACAAGUAACAGUGACAACGGAUGGUCUCCAUCGGAUAAUAUUUGAAGGAACAGUAGGAAAUGGUUAUGAGGGUGACAUUGCUCUUGAUGAUAUCUCGUUUAAACAAGGCAAUUGCUCUCUUGCACACAUGAUUACAUCGGUGGCUUCUGGCAUUGUGACAUCAACCGUUCCGACUACGACAAUGCAAGUCCUUCUUGGACAAGGUUGCUAUGGCGACCCAUGCGUUUGAGGCGUGUGCUAUGUUCACUUAGACGAAUACUUUUGUCUUUGUCCAUCUGGGUUCAAUGGAAUAAACUGUGAAAUAGAUACAGACGAAUGCAGUUCAGCCCCUUUCAAGAAUGGGGCAACGUGUGAAGACGGUGUUGAUAAGUUUAUGUGCCACUGCACUGAUGGAUAUACUGGGCAUUUAUGCGAAACAU